AUGUCUGAUCUUUGUCCCGUCUACGCUCCAUUCUUUGGCUCCUUAGGAUGCGCCUCCGCAAUCAUCUUUACCUGCUUCGGUGCUGCUUACGGUACUGCCAAGUCAGGUAUCGGUAUCUGUGCUACUUGUGUCUUGAGACCGGAUUUGAUGAUUAAGAACACUGUGCCAGUCAUUAUGGCUGGUAUUAUUGCCAUUUAUGGAUUGGUGGUGUCUGUGUUGAUUUCCUCGUCUUUGAAACAAGAGCAGGCUCUAUAUACUGGUUUCAUUCAGUUAGGUGCUGGAUUGGCCGUUGGUUUGUCUGGUUUGGCUGCUGGUUUCGCCAUUGGUAUUGUCGGUGAUGCAGGUGUCAGAGGUACUGCCCAACAGCCAAGAUUAUUCGUCGGUAUGAUUUUGAUUUUGAUUUUCGCUGAAGUGUUGGGCUUGUAUGGUUUGAUUGUCGCCUUGUUGAUGAACUCUAGAGCCACACAGGAUGUUGUCUGUUAA